AUAAUUUGAUUAGCUAACACCUUAAUAUAAUUAUCACCUCCCCUUCAACAAUGAAACUCGAAUUGCUAGUACUUGUUUUAUGUUUCAGUUUCCAAACUUUGGUGUCUAGAGCUUUAGAAUGUAGUUCAUCCAAGGUGGCUUAUACUAUCACUGUUUCGCAAUCUGGCAAUGCAAAUUUCACCACCAUUGCAGAUGCUCUCAAGUUCAUUCCGUCGGGGAAUAAUCAAUGGGUCAAAAUAUUGCUUAAACCCGGGACUUACAAGGAGAAAAUUGAAAUUCAGCAAGAUAAAGGAUGUAUAGUUCUUGAAGGAGAAGAUCGUAAUACAACAAAAAUAACCUAUGAUGCUCAUUCUAACACAUUUGAAAGCGUUACUUUUUCUGUGUUAAUGGACAACUUUGUAGCUAAAAGAGUCACCUUUGAGAACUCUUACAAUAUAAUAAAAAAAGACACCCUUCCGGGUGUAAUUCCAGCCGUCGCCUAUAAAUCUUAUGGCGACAAGCAUGCAUUUUAUUCUUGUGGUUUCGUGGGAUUUCAAGAUACAAUAUGGGAUGAUAUAGGUCGUCAUUAUUUCAAGUCUUGCUAUAUUGAAGGGGCUGUUGAUUUCAUAUGGGGAAACGGUCAAUCUGUAUACGAGGAUUGUGAAAUAAAUGUGACGGGAGAAGGAUACAUCACUGCACACGGUCGAGAAUCAGCCAACGAUACAAGUGGUUAUGUAUUUAGAGGAUGUAACGUUUCAGGAACAGGAAAGGUCGUGUUAGGACGAGCUUAUCGUUCUUUUGCAAGGGUUAUUUUCAUAGAAUCGAAAUUCGAUAAUGUUAUAAACCCUGAAGGCUGGUUCAUUUGGCAUCAAGCAGGGCAUGAAAAGGAUAUCACAUACGCAGAAGUUAAUUGCAAAGGUCCAGGGGCUAAUACAUCAAAUCGUGUUCCAUGGGAAAAGAAGUUGGAUGCCUCUCAAGUUGAACAAUAUACUACACAAGCUUUUGUUGACCAUGAUGGGUGGAUUGCUAAACAACCCCUAUGAUCAUUGACUAAUUAAUUAAAAAAUUAGGAGUAUUUUUUACACAAUUAAAUGUUAGGAAAAAAGAAAUUCAAAGA